GCUAAAUAAAUAAAUAAAAAAAAAUGAUAAUUAAUCUUUAGGUUUGUCGUUCGGAAAAGCAAUUAAGUUAUAGUAGAAUUUAAUGUGAUAAAUUUCAUGCUGUAUGUACAUAGUUAGAGUGUUAGGGAUAGCAAUAGUGCAAAUGCCCCGACAGGUGAACAUUUUGGUAUUGGUAAAAUUGAUGACGAAAAUGCAAAUGUGUGCUUAAUGCUUUUGCGGUCAACAAGCUGAAAUAAUAGGGUGUAACCACUGCGUCAUUGCAUCGUGAAUAACGGCGAGUAAUAGUGUGUAUUUAUGUUGGUGCUACGAUGGAGACAUGCAGAACCUGUGCGAGAUGUGAUUUUGAGGACGAAACCAAAUGGUUCGACUUAUUUCACACAACGCGUUGUACGAGAGAAAUUGAAGAGAUGCGUGUGGAGUUCAAUAAUUGGCAUUUGCAGAUUUCACCCAACGACGGAUUGCCACAGAAAAUCUGUUCCGAUUGCUUUUCGAAAUUUUGUAAUGUGUUUACCUUUCGGAUGCAAUGCCAGCAAGCACAAGUGAAGCUAAAUAAUAUAUUCGAUAAGAUCGAAACACAAAGUAUGGACGAUGACCGCUUCGAGGAUAAUCUUGAAGAAUUAAGUGCUCAGCUGUUGCGAAUUGUAGAGGAAAAUGAACGACAAAUAACGAAUUCAUCUUAUAACGAACAAAACUGCCAAAUAGUUGAUUGUACUGCCGCUGGUGUUGACACCACCGUUUCGCCCAAUGCCACUCCUUCAGCAGCUGCCAUAGUGAUGUUGGAUAUGCUUGAUGAAAAUUGUGCUAACAAUUACACCACCACCGCCACGGCAACGACUAGAUCCAGUGGAGUGUGUGAGAGAGUCGAACAGUAUACUGAUGACAUUUUAGCAGCUCAAACAGAGGUUUCACCUAAAACAAUCGAAGAGUCUUUCUUGGCAAAAACAAUUUCAAUAACAAACGAAAAUAAUGCAACUGCUGCCGCCAUAACUGAAGCUAACAUUUACACUGCCGGCGUUGAAUGUCAAAGUGAAGCGGAAAUGCAAAUGACAAAGGUGACGACUGUAACUGUUAAAACAAUGGCAGUCGAUAAAGAAGUGGAAGAGGUAAUAGUAGAAGAAGGAAAUAAAAACGAAAAUGAAAUAGAAUUAAAAAUGGAACACGAAGAGGACGAUAUAAGCGAGCAAAUACAUUUACACGUAGAUGAUAUAAUUGAAGAAGAUUUUACGCUCGAUGAUCAACUGGUGGAGGAGAAGGCAGAGACAACAUUAAGUGCAGACAGAUCAUUGGACCGUGUCCUUGCUCAAGAUGGCUGCUAUUUAAAUGUAAUGAGCGGAAAUGUGUCACAACCUGAAGGUUAUACCGAAGAAAGUGUGCCUUUUGCGGAAGCUGUUGAAGAUGAGAAUGACCUUUAUGAAGAAGAUGAAGGAGUAUUGGAAGCAUUCGAACCCGUCACACUCCCAACGAAUACCUACAAUACAAAUAACAAUACUAUUUUAGCAUCACAAUAUGUCUUUCACUCGUCUGCUACGAACAAUGGCUACAGUCAUACAGUGGGUCAACCACCGGAUGUUAGCAUUGUUUAUGAGUGUAAAUACUGCCACAAAACCAAAGACACGCCAAGCACUCAUUUCGAAACUCAACAGACACUACUCGAGCACAUAACAAACACGCACAACGCCGAAUAUCCAUUUACAUGCCCGCAACGCGGUUGUACGGAGGGUUUUCGCGACGCCGCCUCACGCACGGUCCACAUAAAAAGCGAGCACGUGGCCAAACAUUAUGAGUGUGAUGUGUGCGGCAAAAAGUAUGCCGAUCGCUUUAACUUACGCCAUCACUACGAGAAGUUCCACAGCGAGACCGAUUUUGGGUGUGACACUUGCGAUAAGCGUUUCUAUUCGCGUAAAAGUCUUAACUACCAUAUGAAGUGGCACAAUCCGGAAUUGUUGUUGCACUGUAGUCACUGCGAUCGUUUGUUUAUUAAUCAGCGACACUUGAAGUGUCACGAAGAAACGCACAACGGGGUGAGGAAUAGUGAAUUUUGUACGUUUUGUGGUAAAACGUUCAUUCACUUGAAAACUUUGCGUUGGCAUUUGUAUCGGCAACAUGGCGGCGAAAAACCAUACAAGUGCGGCCACUGCACUGAGGUUUUCGCCUCGUAUCUGGAGAAGCGUAUACACAUGCUGGAGAAUCAUUUGGAGAACCUCACCACCAUCGAACGCACCGAAUGCAUGCUCUGCCGAGAACGCUACGAAGAUGAACGCGAGCUGAGCGAACACAUACGUAGCAAACAUGUUGAAAGGCCGAAGUCUUCCGUGCUGCUAAUAGCGAACAAUAAACGAGUGGUGCGCAGUAAGCGACAGAAGAAUUAUAGUGGAAUCUUCCAGUGUGAUAUUUGCGCGCAGCGUUUCAAUAUGAAAUCGGCGUUGGAGCGACACGCGGCGGUGCAUUCAAGUAUUGGCAGACCGCACAAAUGCCCGGUGGAGUCGUGUGCGAAGCGUUUCAAGCGUGCGCAGGAUAUGAAUUGGCACAUGAAGACGCAUUCGAACGAGAAGCCGAACAUUUGCGAUGUAUGCGGCAAAGGAUUUGCCCUGAAAUAUGUGCUGAAUCAGCACAAGCGGAGCCAUGAAGUUCUUGAGAAAAAUUUCAAAUGUGUGAUCUGCGGACGUGCCUACCUCUUUGAGAAAUCACUGCGUGUGCAUGAACGAGUUCACACGGGCGAUACCUACUACCGCUGCGAUUUGUGUGGCGAAAACUUUGUUACGCACAUGAAAUUCAAAACUCAUAUGAUGAAAAAGCAUGAUCCGGAGACAACAAAUCUUGAGGAUUACAAUUUGGAUGCCUUUGAAGAACAGCUAUAUGAACAGUAGAUGGACUAGAAUUAUUUUAUAUGCAUUUACUACUGAGCAAAAAGUAGUAAGACUUUAUUCAUAAUUUUAAAAUUAUUAAUUUAUUCUUGAAAAUAUAUGUCGUCCCCUUCAAAGUAAUGCAUAUUGGUACCAAUACACUUAUGCCAACGUUUUUUCGAAUUCUCGAAACAGUUGUUAAAGUCAAUUUGCGGUCUUCAAUGCGCGUAGCAAUUCACGUUUAUUGUCUUCAAUUGACUCAAAACGGUUUCCCCGGAGCGGUGCUUUGAGUUUGCUGACUAGCCAGAAGUCACACAGAGCUAAAUCGGGCGAAUAUGAUGGUUGCGGCACGAUAUUGGUUGAAAAUUUGGCGAAAAACUCACGAAGAAUCAAUGCAUGCGACGGUGCAUCAUCGUGGUACAAAAUCUAAGAGUUAUCGACCCACAAUUCGGUCUCUUUUUACGAAUAGCUUUCGCGCAAACAACGCAUAACACACUAAUAGUGUUUCUUGUUAACGGUUUGACCGGCCACCUCGAUAAUUGAAGAAAACUGUCGGCAUACCCAUGAUUUUUGACCUGUUUUGACAUGGUUUUUUCGGCUUUGGCUCACAUUUGUCAUGAUAUUCGAUCGAUUGAUCCUCUGUUUCCAGGUGUCCAGCAGAGAUCCAAUGGUCAUAGCCAGUAAUAAUAUGUUUCCUGACAUCCCGGUAGUCGGAAAGCGUUGUUUCACAGACAUUAACGCGACGCUGUUUUUCGAUAAAAUUUAGUGAUUUUAGAACGAUUCGUGCUUUCACUUUUCUUAUGCCCAAAUGGUCUUUCAAAAUGGUUUUCACUGAUUCUUCCGAUAUUCCAAUGAUGCCAAUAAGAUCUCUGACUGUUAAUCGUCGAUUCUCAAGCACCAAUUCCUUUAUUUUAUUGACGUGCUGAUCAACAGUUGAUGUUGAUGGUCAACGCGUUCUCGAUACUUUUUGAAUAAUUUGUACCAAUCAAAAACACUUGCUCGCGACAAAUAACUAUCACCGAAGGCUUUUUCCACUAUUCUGAACUUUUCAGCACCAGAAAUUUAAUUGCUCACAGACAAUUUAAUGGAACUUCUUUGUUGAAUAAUUUCACUAAUGAUGUAUCUGAUAGACAUAUUAAACUAGAAAAAAAUUUUUUGACGAAUGGGCUUUCGGCGGAAAUUUAAAUUAAAAAGUCUUACUAUUUUUUGCCCAUAGUACAUGUUAUGCAACGCAAAAUUCGCCUAUGGUAUUUUUUUCACAAAGCGUGGUUCAUUUGCAAUUUACAGUAUUUUAUUUAACUCAUAUAUAAUAUAUAUGAGCUCUAAAUUGUAUUGCUGAUCAAUAUUUCUUAGUUUGAAAGCUGUAAAAUUAAGUUUUUGGCCAAAAAAUAUUUAACCCCACUCCUCUAUGGGCUAAUCUCAAAUUGGACUACUUAAAAGUAGCUCAUAAAAUUCCAGUCAAUUGGAUUCACAUUAUGCACUGGGUAAAUAUUUAUUAAUUCCAUCUACACCCUUGAAAAUUAUAUUGAAAUAAGAAUACUGCAGCAGUUGUUCCACAACUAGAAGCCAUUCAAGGGAAUUCACUAAAGAAAAUGUUUCAAUUUAAAUGACAUUGACGUGUACUUCGUACACAUACAUAUAUUUAUAUUUACGAAAAGGGAUAUGCACAAACACAAUAAUACGCACACAAUGGCUCACCGUUAACGCAAACAGUAGCGGAAAUAUACACGAACAUAUGUAUGUUACACAUUUAAAACUGAUCAAAUAAACAAAAAUUAAAAAGAAA